UGUUCAUAAAAAGCAGCCCAGCCCUGACCCUGCAGCUCUGGGACAGGAGCCCAGCUCAGGAUUCCCAGGUGUUCCCAGCUCCUGCUCAGGACAGAACACACAUCUCUCACCAUGGAGUUUGAGCUCAGCUGGGUUUUCCUUAUUGCUAUUUUAAGAGGUGUCCAUUGUGAGGUGCAACUGGUGGAGUCUGGGGGAGGCUUGGUGAAGCCUGGGGGGUCUCUGAGACUCUCCUGUGUAGCCUCUGGAUUCACCUUCAAUAGCUACUGGAUGCAAUGGGUCCGCCAGGCUCCCGGGAAGGGGCUGGAGUGGAUUGGUGAAAUUAAUCCUGAUGGGAGUACACCGAACUAUGGUGACUCAGUAAAAGGACGAUUCACCAUCUCCAAGGACAAUGGCAAGAGCAUGCUGUACCUGCAAAUGAACAGCUUGAGAUCCGAAGACACAGCUGUGUAUUAUUGCACUAUAGGCACAAUGACAGAAAGUCAGUGUGAGCCCAGACACAAACCUCCCUGCAGGUGGGCCCAAAGCACCAGGGCGCCCUCUGGGCACGUGAAUAUAAAGACACUCCCAGAAGCAGGUUCAGUUGGAGGUUUGGGCUGGCUUUCUUUCUGGUAUCAUCUACUUGCAAUAGUUUCUCACAAAGAACCUCCUUGGAUUCCUGACUCUGCACUCACUUCUGAAGCCUCUGAGUUAGAAGAAUAUGGAUUAAAGAAAGACAACUUUCUCAGAGGUGGUGAAGCUACCACAGACUCUCUCCCUCAUCUGCACUGUCUCUGGAUUCUGUACCACAACCAGUGGUUACUGCUAGAACUUGAUCCAGCAGCUCCAGAGUAG